AUGGAACUCUCUGAUUCUCAGGACGCUGUUACCCAGCUGAAUGUUCCUGGGCCAACUCUGGCUUUCCAAAAUAUCAGUUACUUUGUCUCCAUCAGCAAGUCCUUUUUCUUGAAAGAAGCAGAAGAAAAGGAAAUUCUCAGGGAUGUCAGUGGCAUUAUGAAGCCUGGAAUGAAUGCCAUUUUAGGACCAACCGGAAGUGGCAAAACCUCACUCCUUGAUGUACUUGCGGGGUGGAAAGACCCAAAGGGGCUUAGAAGUGGACAAAUCUUCAUGGAUGGGAAGUCAGCAAACUCACAGUUUCACCUAUGCUCGGCCUACAUAGUACAGGAGGAUAUUCUCAUGGGAACACUCACUGUCCGUGAGAACCUUCAGUUCUCUGCCAGCUUGCGCCUCCCACAGAGCCGGAACAGUGAAGCAGAAAAGCAGCUGAAGGUCAAUGCAGUGAUACAGGAGCUGGGGCUACAGGAGUGUGCUGACACCAAGAUUGGCACUGAGUUCUUGCGUGGUGUCUCAGGGGGUGAGAAGAAGCGGUGCAGCAUUGGCAUGGAACUAAUCACUGCACCUUCACUGGUAUUCCUGGAUGAGCCAACUACAGGACUGGAUGCCAACACAGCUAAUUCCAUCAUUCAGCUGCUGCACCAACUCUCCAGGAAAGGAAGAACUGUGAUUUUCUCUAUUCACCAGCCACGUUAUUCCAUCUUCCGUCUGCUUGAUCAUCUAACGCUGAUGAACAAGGGAGAAAUAAUUUAUGCAGGACCAGCCGAAGAGUCCACUGGUUAUUUCAACAGUAUAGGUUACCAGUGUGAAGCAUUUAACAAUCCUUUGGACUUCUUCCUGGAUGUCAUUGGUGGAGAGAUCAUGCAGUCCCAGCCUAGUCCAGAGUUAGGGUAUGCAAAUGAUGACCAGAAAGUUACUAGCAGCGAUGACCAUAAAAAUGCGGCCUCAGUGAGAGAGUCCGAUUCUCAUAGCAGCUCUUGUAGUGACAAGAAUCCACUGCCCAUCUACUACCACAAGUCCCGCUACUAUGAGCAGCUGCAGGAAGAGUUGGAAAACCUACAGUCAUUUGAGAGCCACCUCAGCGAUGCAGUUCCAACAAAAGCCACCUAUGCCACCUCAUUCUUCCACCAGCUGUAUGUUGUGAGUAAUCGCAAUGUGAAGAACAUCCUGAGGAAUCCUCAGACAUCCAUUGGUCAGCUCCUUUUGGGCACUUUCUUCUCUGUGUUGGUGGGGCUCAUUUUCUACCAAGUACCUACCACUCUACCUGAAGCCUUUCAGAACAGGUUGGGAGCUUUUUUCUUCCUGGUCAUUAAUCAAGUCUUUGGGAAUCUGUCUGCAGUGGAGCUCUUCAUCAAUGAGAGAAAACUCUUCAUUCAUGAGAGCUCUAGGGGAUACUACAGGACCUCAGCAUAUUUUCUGGCCAAGGUGUUUGCCGAUCUGAUUCCCAAUCGUAUCAUCCCCUUGUUGAUGUUCUCUGGCAUAUCGUACUUCAUGAUGGGUCUGAAACAGGAUGCAGGAUCUUUCUUCCUGUAUGUUCUUUCCCUCAGCCUGACAAAUCUGGCAGCCGUGAGCAUGGCCUUCCUGGUGAGCGCCAGCGUCAGCACCUUCGCCAUCGCUAAUGUCUUAAUCGCACUGCCCUUCGUCUUCAUGAUGGUCUUUGGUGGGUUCCUUGUAAACCUGAACUCCAUGCUGAGUUGGCUGUCCUGGAUCAAAUGGAUCAGCAUCUUCCAUUAUGGAAUGAAUGCCCUGACCAUCAAUGAGCUCCAAGGAGCAGUUUUCCAUUUGAACUCUUCCACGGUCCCUGGAGAGGUGUACUUGCAGCAGCAAGGCAUCAACUACAGCACCUGGGGCUUGUGGGAGAAUGAGGUUGCUCUCCUGUGCUUGUCACUUGCAUUCCUGUUCUUUGCCUACAUCCAGCUGUUAAGAGUGAAUCGCUGGAAGUAA